GGAAACUUGAAGGAAGGAAGGAAGGAAAGAAAGAAGAGGGAAAGAAGGAGUUUAAAACAAUUAAAAGCAGCCAAGCAAUGGUGGCCAAACAGCGGAUCCGGAUGGCUAACAAGAAGCACAGCAAAAACAUCACACAGAGAGGGAACGUAGCCAAAACCCUGAGACCACAAGAAGAGAAAUACCCUGUGGGCCCGUGGCUGCUGGCACUGUUUGUUUUUGUUGUCUGUGGAUCAGCUAUAUUUCAGAUCAUCCAGAGUAUAAGGAUGGGUAUGUAAGGCGACAGAGACUUGACCUCCCUUCCUCCGUCAGGAGGGUGGACUGGAUUAGUAUUUAGCUGAUGCUAUAAUGGAACAGACACAAAAAAACAAAAGCCACAUGGGACCAUGCCCUGCGCACAUCAUCAAGGAUGCCAAACCAAACUACCUCUUUAUGUGAUGACGACUCGGUGCUUGCGUGUUCUCAACAGGAAAGGAAAGGAUAUUCUCUCUACUAGCUGGACAGGCCGUCCCUGCCUUGAGGAAGAGAAGCCUGUUCUGCAUCGAUGUCAUUUCCCUUUUUCUCAUCAGUGUGUUCGUAACCCUGGCAAUGGUCAACUGGUGUACCUUUGAGGUGUGUUAUCGGUCAUGUACUGGGAAUUGAUUUUAAAAAUAAACUCCAGCGCUCACCCCUACACUAUUUGUUGGUUAUAGUCAGAAAGGCAAGCCUAGAAAUAUAUAGGCAGACUCCACCAACGUUAAUUGAGAAGCAAUGGAGAGGAAAACCCUCACCAGGCGAAGCAAUGUUGUUGUCAGGGACUGAGUUCUAGGGGAGCAGUGUGAUAAAGGAGCCAUCAGCCAGGAUAGCAUUAAAGUGGGGAUUAAUACCACCAUAGCAAGAUCAGGUUCUAUCUAAUCAUAAGAGGAAAAAAAUAAGAGCUCAGUUUCUGCAGGAAGCAUUGGGAUUAUUUUGUUGGAAGGCAGUUGUAUGGUAGAGUAGCAAUGUACAGUGGCCUCAUAACACCUGGGUUAAGUGCCAGCUCUGUUACAUACUAGUUGUGUGACCAUGGGCAAGUCACUUUACUAAUCUGGGCCUCAGUUUCUCCCUGCAUAGAUUGGAUUAGAUGAUUGCUAAGGUCCCUUCCACCUCUAUAUCCUAUUGUCUAGGGAUUUGAGUUGGAUGAUACUAACUGGACUUUGAAAAACCUGCACUUAACCUGCACUUCCCCACUGUCCAUCCCAACAGGCUUCAGUAUCCACCACAUUUCCCAUCUUCAUUUCCUUUUUGUGGUGGUAGUGUUUUUCAGUUCAUAUAGAUAACAUGAGUGAAAAUCCAUUGAAAAUUAUAAAGCACGAUACACAUGUAUUUUGCACUCAGGAUGAAUCAGAAAAUGUUAGGGACCUUACAAACCAUGCAAGUAAACCCCAUCAUCUUGAUGAUUAAGAAACUAAGGAAGAGAAAAGUUAAAUGUUCUCCCCCGCCCAGGUCACACGGGGAGUAAGUUGAAGAGACAAAAUUUGAACCCUGGUCUUUUAACUUUAAAUUCAGUGCUCUUUCUUUCAUAUUGAAAUACCCCAAAUUCUCUUUCUACAGAUGAGAAACCUGAAAAAUUAAAUGGUGAAGUGAUGUCAUCUUUAUAACCAUCAUCAUCAUCAUUAUUAAAUGCAUUUGGUUAUAUCUACCUUCGAAUCUGAAUGGGAAAGCCAUUUGAGUCUGGGGCCCAUUCUCAGCUCUACUGUUGACUUUGUGCUCAAGAACAGUUGUGGUACAGUGAAAAUAUAGCUGGAUUUGGGGUUAUAGAGCCUAGUGCUACAAGUUACUACUUACAGGCAGCUAAGUGUCAUGGUAGAGAAAGUGCUGGACACGGAGCAAGGAAGGCCUGAGUUCAAAUCCUGCCUCAGAAACUUGUCAACUAUAUGAGCUUAGGCAAAUCACUUUG